ACGAAACGCCCCGCUCUUCUUCUUCUUCUUCAGCACACAAACAUUGGACGAAUCAAAUGACACGACUACCCCUACGAUUCACCCCUUUCUCCGCAUCGAUCGGCCGAAAAGAAAGCCUUUUACCGUUUGGCAGUCAUUUAACGGUCCCAGAAAUAGAAAGCGCAUGACGCAGGGGCAGUGUAGUAAAAUGGACUUCAUGCACACUGCCCAAGACUCCAAUGUCCCUCUCAUCCCCCGACGACUGCUCUGUUUCCUCCGUGCCUCCAUUUCUCUUCCAUUGCAAUCAAGCGGAAGAGAGAGACGAAAAGAACCUGAUGAGGCUUGGAGUGUUGCUCACAGUUCUUCUUCUAUCAAGGCAAGCGACGGAGCUCUGCGCGCCUUCUUCCUGCUGCAAUAACGCUGUACAAAAUCUAGACUUAAGGCUUUUGCAUUGAUACGCUUCGGUCGCCAUGAACAGUUCCUUCAGGGAGUGGAUAUUUGCUUGAGAAGAGCAAAGGAUGGAAGCAAGUGGAAGAAGAAAGCGGUAGAUUUUCUCACAGAGGGGAAAAAAGGAGCCGCCUUUGUGCUCCAAUGGCCGGAAAAGAGAUUUAGGGUAGGUCGAAGAAGAAGCACAAGGGGGGGAAAAGGAGGCGUCUUUCCUCUUGGAACAGCCUUACACGAAGGAGAAGAUGGGUUGUUGGCAUUCCAGGGUCGAGAGGCAGGAGGCGGUGUCGCGGUGCAAAGCCCGGCGGCGAUACAUGAAGCAGCUCGUGCGGGGGCGGCGAGCCUUCGCCGCCGCCCAUUCCCUUUACCUUCGCUCUCUUCGCGCCACCGGCGCCGCUCUCCUCCAGUUCGCCAACGCCGAGACCCACCUCCACCACCAGCUCCCUCCCAUCCCGUCCACUUCCUCCUCACUGCCACCCCCACCCUCCCCUCCUCCUCCUCCUCCUCCGCAGCCGCCGCCUUCGACUUCGUCGCAUCCCCCGGUGAGCCCGAGUUCCGACAACUGGACCUCCUCGGUCACCGCCUCUCCGAUCCUCCCCCCACCACCGCCUCCACCACCCUCAAGCUGGGAUUUUUGGGACCCCUUUGUCCCGUCCUCUUCCCGGUCGGCCACCGAGGAGGAGUGGGAGGAGGUUACCACCACCGUUUCGGAAGUCACCACGGCGCCCGCAGUGGGGCCGCCACCGUCGGUGGUCAGCGGCUACUCCAAGGAUUCAGCCAGUGAGCUAGCCAUGGUGGUUGUCCCGAGAGGCAAAAAGGAUCUCUCCGAGAUAGUCAAGGAGCUCGACGACUACUUCCUCAAGGCGGCUGAGGCCGGAAGCCGGGUUUCAUUCAUCUUAGAAGCUCCACUCUGUGACCUAUCUUCCAACCAAGACCUUGCAGGUAAAAUGCACGCUUAUGGCAAGAAUUUGAGACACUUGCAUUGGUCAUGGAGAUCCAACUCGAAGGCUACUGGUGGUUUCACUAGGUUUGGGAGGUGCAGGGAGGAGAUGGGGAGGGGAAAUGGAAGUGGAGAUGGAGGAGUUGGAAGUGGUCACAUGAGUCAUACCUCCACCAUGGAGAAGCUCUAUGCUUGGGAGAAGAAGCUCUAUCUUGAGGUUAAGAAUGCUGAGAUGAUCAGAGAGGAGCAUGAGAAGAGGAUGAGCCUACUGAGGAAGCAAGAGGCCAAAGGCAUGGACUAUGUGAAGGUGGUGAAGAACAAGAUGGAGAUUGAGAGACUGGAAUCCAAGAUGAUGGUAGCCACUCAGGCCAUAGAGACCACUACCUCUGCAAUCAUUAAGCUGAGGGAGUCUGAGCUCUCCCCUCAGCUUCUUGAACUGGUUACUGGAUUGAUGGGCAUGUGGAGGAGCAUGUAUGAGUGCCAUCAGGUCCAGACGCACAUCGUUCAGCAACUGGAGUACCUCAACUGCGCACUGAGCACUCGUCCCACGAGCGACAUGCGCCGGCAGGCGGCGCUCCAGCUCGAGUCGGAGGUGGAGAAUUGGCAUGUCGCCUUCUGCCGCCUUGUCGACUCCCAUAGAGUCUACGUCCAUGCUCUCACCGGCUGGCUCCGCCUCUCCCUCUUCUACCACCACCACCACCACCACCACGGUCGCACCACCCCGGACAUCCACCCUCUGUGCGAGGAGUGGCAGCUCGCCCUGGAUCGAGUUCCUGACAGAGUAGCCUCGGAGGGGAUCAAAAGCUUCCUGACCGUGGUCCGCGCCGUAGUCGUUCAGCAGACCGAGGAGCAGAAGCAGAAGAAGAGGUCGGAAGCGGCGUUCAAGGAGCUGGAGAAGAGGGUGGAACAGCUCAGUUCACUGGAGCGCAAGCGUGGCUCCUUGGAGUCGGAGAAGCGCGCGGAGGUGGAGGCUCUGAAGGCGAAGGCGGAGGAAGAGAGGAGCAAGUACGAGAAGAGCGCCGGGGUGACGAGGGCGAUGACGCUGAACAAUCUGCAGACGGGGCUUCCCCAUGUGUUCCAAGCAAUGACGGGUUUCUCGGGUGUGUGCAUGCAGGCCUUCGAGUCGGUGUAUCGCGUGCUCGAUCCCAAGAGGCUGCUGCUGCUGCCUUUGGGAAGAUGAGGAUGCGCCGAACUCAGUCUCGUGCAAAUCGGACACCGUUGGCGGUGUUGUCCUCUCAAGGCUUUGCUGGGAUACUUGUGUAGCUGUCCUUUCCGAGUUAAUAGACCACUUUACCGUUUCA